CAUCACUCAAUGUGAAGGGAUACCACUCAGAGUGUAAGAACGUGAAGUAGUCUGACCAAAAUGUUGAAAUUAUUUUUUUUGAUUUUUCUGGGAGUCAUCUGCGCGCAUGGAUCAGUUUCGUUGCACAAUCCUUUCUAUUGUUUCGAUACCGAUCCAAUAAAGCCCCAGAAUACAAUGUUUGCUCCAGUUACUAGCUACGAUAACGCACGUGGACGAGGAUUCAUUAACCCUUCGGUCUCAAUGGGCGCACCAAGAAAACUGUUUCUGCUGAGUCGACAUGGGACAACGUUGCCAAUUGCCAGUGAAAUCAAUCGAAUGCUUGACAUACAUGAAAGCUUGAAACGCCGUGUUAUUGAAAACUACGAUGCUGGUCGAUCUCAGCUGUGUAGGGAAGAUAUUCAGAACAUACGUGAAUGGUACAUCAGUCCGGACUUGCAGCCAGAAAGAAGCUUCGAAUUAACACCCCAAGGGUGGAAUGAAUUUCGUGGUCUUGGAGAACGGUUGUCGGAAGCUUUUCCCGAUGUAUUGCCGAGAAAAUAUUCGCCUGCGCAAUUUUUAUUCCGUGGCUAUGGCAACACGAGCGUGAAUGGACUACAAGGAUUUGCUGAAGGAGUUUUCGGUGAAUGGGACAUUGUUGAGUUUGCUGCAGGUUCUGAGCCUGAUAUUCUGUUAAUGCCAACUUCACACUGUCCUUUAUACGACGAGGCCCGUACGAAUUCGAUCGAAAUGGAUGCCUUUGAGUCGGGACCAGAAUUCAACGAAAUGGCCUUGCAAGUUAAUCGCAAAUUAGGGUUCAUCGGAAGCAACCAGCUCGGUGCUUGGGAUAUAAGAGUUGUCUGGGACUUUUGUAGAUUCGAACAAGGCUGGAACUCGACGACUCCGUCGCCUUGGUGCGCAGCAUUUUCGAUUUCGAAUCACGCGAUUUUGGAAUACUGGCUGGAUCUUCAAUAUUACUAUAUUGCAGGGUAUGGCGGAGAUGUGCCCCUUUUUUCCAACAUCAACUGUCAAGUACUGCAGGAUCUGUUAACGUUUAUCGAGUCAAACGACCCCGACGAUCACCUAGCGAGAAUUUAUGGUACUCAAGCCUUAGCGCUACCGAUGUUUCUAGUUUCGCUUGGUGCUUUCAAUGGUGAUGAGCUUUUGACUCGACAUAAUUUUGCUCAGCAAACCUUUCGGCAGUGGCGAACCAGUUUAAUGGAUAACACUGGAUCUAAUUUUGUUUUAGUGAAAUUUGAAUGCACGGAUGGUGACGACGACUUGCUGUUAUUGCUUAACGAAAGACCUUUGAGUAUACCUGGCUGCAAUGCUGUUACAGGUCUGUGCAAGCAAUCUGUUUUCGUUGAACGUUACAGACGCUUCUUAAACGCCAACUGUUCCGAAGUGUUUUGUAGUCGUACGAGUAGUUAAGGAAUGAACGUGUCAGGAAGUUCAUU